AUGUCUGUCACAACUCUCCAGACCGCGCCAUCAGAUGUUUCAAAAUUUGGAAAAAAGAAAGCACUACUAGAAGAGGCUUUUACUGUCCAGACAAAAUCGCAUGUCACUUCCUUACCGAUAGAAAUUCUGGUACAAAUCUUCAACACGGUACCAUUCGAGCAGUGCCACGCAGACAUGAUAGCCAUCAGUCAAGUAUGCUGCCGGUGGCGCGCCAUCGCCCUCGCUUGCCCCACUUUCUGGACCUAUCUUACCCCUUUGGUGCUUGGCUAUGAAUGGACUAGAGAAAUACUUGUCAGAUCUAAGGCAGCUCCCUUGACACUUGACAUACUCGAGGUUGUUCAUUUGGCGAUCAGACAUCUAUCCCACACACGCACACUCAUUGUUUGCGGAGCACCCCAGUCUAUCCUUGACUACGCUUCCGGUCCAGCUCCUCUUCUUGAAUCUAUUGUUCUCAUCAACCGGAACAACACAUCCGCAUAUGAACCCGCAAUUUCGUACCAUACGCUCGUCAAGUUCGAAACCCCAGCGUUACGUCAGCUCGUCCUUGACAACGUGAUGUUUGAUGGCGCAAACACACCCAUCAAAAACUUCACAUACUUGGACAUGAGAAGUUUUCAUAAUUCCAGACUGAUCCAUGCUCUGCAUGAAUCAUCGUCCCUGCAAACCCUCGGACUGGACCUCAGCCUUGCUGGCUUUGUCGCCACGGCAUGUCCCGUUAUAUCCUUGCCCUCUCUCAGUUGUCUCAAGCUGUGGGGGCUUGCAUCGGACUGUUCUGAACUACUUCAGAAUAUAAGAGCCCCCCAUGUGAAGGCACUUGCACUCGUGUGCACCUCGCAGAUAGUCACUGGCACUGACCUUCCCAUCCUCUUCACUGCUGUCUCUGGACUGCAUGCACAGGCUGUGCCGGAGAUAAAAGCACGUCUGCGACAACAUCCACACCGACUGUUCAUCAGCAUGACACGAGGACCGAGACCAGAUUACCACUUUCCUUCCCUGAUUGUACGACUGGCUGAAACGGCAUCAUCCCAAGACAACAGCGCAUUUCAUGAAUCAGGCAUCCACCACUGUUGGAACCAAAAUUGGCACCUGGACUUCCGCUACAUGGCAACAGUGAUUCGGGAACGUAUUUGGCCCAGUGAAGCAGAGUCCAUCUGCAAGGUACUUUGUCUGGGUGGCGUGAUAGACGCGACAGUGCAAGAGAUAUCUGGUCAAGGAGAAUCACCUUUCUGCAGACAGCUCGUUGGGCGGAUGCCUGCAUUACGUUCCCUAAGCGUACUCGGUCACUCAACCCUAUCGGUGAUCAUCAAAUCGGUUCAGCCCAGAGGAAACGUUCAAAUGAAAGAGCUGUCGGAGUUGUGUUUCGAAGGGCUGGACUUCAAGCAAAAAUCGUCUGCUCGCACCCGGUAUCAAGGAGAUGUCACGGAAUUAAUGAAGAUAUUUGAGACGAGGAGCAGAAUGGGCUUAACUCUUCCAUCUUUGAGGUUGGUAGGGUGUACCAGUUCGUGCGGGUAG